UCUAUCAUCUCUCCGUUUUUCUUCCCCUUUAAAUCCUGCAGGGCUCCCUACCCUUUCGAUAAACUGGUAUGAGUCUGAUGGAACCUUUGGAAGGAGAAGCACCACCUUUUCCCCACUUCGAUCCUUGCUUCUCACCCCCACUUGUACCACCGGGCUACUGCCCUCCCGGUCUCUCCAACCAACGGCAGCAGCAACAAGAGCCUUCUUCGCUAGGCUGUGGAGAAGCGCCAGCAAUUGACUGGGCUUCACUGUUCUUACCGAGCUCGAUAGGACUGCAGCAGCCGACGCCGGCGGGAUUGUUACAGAGUCUGGAGAGACCAAGCGAGGCCGAAGGCAAUGCUACUAAAGGUGGUGGUGGUUGCUGCAAGGAGAAAGGAAAGGGUGGAAGGGCAAAGAAGGUAAGCAGGCCGAGGUUUGCAUUCCAGACUAGGAGUGCCAAUGACAUCCUCGAUGAUGGUUAUCGAUGGAGGAAGUAUGGCCAGAAGGCGGUGAAGAACAGCAUUUAUCCCAGAAGCUAUUAUCGAUGCACGCAGCACACAUGCAAUGUGAAAAAGCAAGUUCAACGUCUAUCCAAGGAUACAAGCAUUGUUGUUACUACAUACGAGGGAGUACACAAUCAUCCAUGCGAGAAACUAAUGGAAGCUUUGGGCCCUCUUCUCAAGCAGAUUCAAUUUCUCUCUCGAUUUUAACUUUGCUUCUAUUAAGUUGGGUAAAGAAAAAAGUUGCCCAUCUUUACAAAUUAUGCUUGCUCCAUUCUCUAAGAUGUAUAAAGAUAUGCCAACUUUAGUUCAACUUGUAUAAGCUUGUAACAUGAAAAAAAAGACUUUUUCUUGGUGCAACUAAAA